AUGAGUACAAUGUCCGACGCGAGACGCCCCAGCCAGGACUCGCCCAAUCCAAACCAGCCAAGCCGCACUGCCAACGGCCCCUCUCCCGGCACCGCUCCGACACCGACACCAAACCCCCGGUCGUGCAUUACCUGCCGUAGGCGCAAGGUCAAAUGUGACAAAAAGAACCCAUGCUCCCACUGUGUACGCGCCAAAAUCGACUGUGUCUUCCCAGGCCCCGGCCGUGCCCCGAGAAAGAGCAGGAAACCCCCCGAUGCUGAGCUGCUCGAGAGACUGCGUCGCCUUGAGGGCGUAGUCACCAGCCUUAAUGCCCAAGUCGAGGGCCACGACAGUAACAGCAGUACCAGCAAUAACAACGACAAUGCCGCCGACCGCCAGAGAGAGCCAACCGCCGCCGCAGCAGCCCAGGACCAGUGCCCGCUGGGGAUAACAACGACGACCUCGACCGCCCCCAGCGAUGACAGCCUCCAGGGCCUCGAGGCGCGCUUUGGACGGCUCGUGGUUGAGAAUGGCCGUAGUCGCUACAUCAACAACAGCUUCUGGGCCAGUCUGAACAAUGAGGUCGAGAAUCUCAAGUCCAUCCUCAUGGAGCCCUCGGACGACGAAGACGAUGCGCAUACACCCGAAUCCUCAGAACCGUCGUCACAACACCACAGUUUCAUCUUCGGCUACAGCUCCUCCAAUGUCGACAUGCAAGCCCUGCAUCCCCCCGAACACCAUGUCCGCCAGUUCUGGAACAUCUACAAGGAAAAUGUAGAACCCCUAGUCAAAGUCUUGCAUGUCCCUACCUUUGAACUCACCAUCAUGAAUGCCGCUGCCAAUAUCGAAAAGGUCAGCAAAAGACUCGAGGCUUGGUUGUUCGUCAUCUACUAUGGUGCUGUGACCAGCAUCACCCCCGCAGAAUGUCGUGAUAUGUUUGGAGAGGAGCGAAGCACGCUUCUCACCAGGUUCUGCUUCGGCAUCGAGCAGGCUCUUGCAAGAGCCAACUUUCUCUACUGCGACGAGAUUCUCAUCCUCCAGGCCUUUGUCGUCUACCUUGUCUUGCUGCGCCGCAACGACGAUGCGCGCAAAAUCUGGCCAUUGACUGGUCUCGUCGUUCGCAUCGCCCAAACCCUAGGCAUCCACCGAGACGGCACCCACUUUGACCUGCCGCCCUUUGAGGUUGAGAUGCGAAGGCGGCUUUGGUGGCAAGUCUGCAUCCUCGACGCCAGAUCUGCCGAAGAUCAGGGGUGUGACCCCAGCAUCCAUGAGACGCUAUUCGACACAAAGAUGCCUCUUAAUGUUAACGACAGUGAUAUCCACCCUGGAAUGAUUGAAUUCCCCCAAGGCCGGCAAGGCUUCACCGACAUGACGUUUUGCUUACUCCGCUUCGAGAUUGCAAACAUAAUGCGCCGCAUCAUCUACGUACCACCAGGCCCAAACAGGUGCACUCAAUUCCUUACAAAUCUCACCGUUGAGCAGAAAGAAAAAUGGAUCACCGGCUGCCACCAGGCCAUAGAGGAAAAAUACCUCAAGGAUUGCGACAUGACCAUACCACUGUGCUGGGUCACAGCGACAGUAUCAAGACUCAUCAUGAGUAAAAUGUGGCUGAUUGUCUAUCACCCGCAUCAGCGCAAGGAUGGAGGUGCUACGUUAUCACAAGAGAUUCGAGACAAGCUCUUCGUCACCUCUCUCGAAAACAUAGAAUACGGCCUACUACUCGAGACGGAAGCACGCACAAUGAAAUGGGGCUGGCUCUUCAAAACCUAUGUUCAGUGGCAUGCCAUUGCGUUCUUGCUCUCCGAACUUUGCGUGCGUACCAAAGGCGAGGCUGUAGACCGUGCAUGGAGAGCACUGGAAACUUGUGCUACGCGGUGGUGGUUCCCUUUUUCUGAGGACGAGCCACAGCGCAAAGCCCACCAUAGCCAUAUAUGGAAGCCACUCGCCAAGUUGCUGGAGAAGGCAAAAUUAGCCCGCGAGCGCCAACUAGCCCUCGAGCAAGCCAUUUCGUCCUUCCAAAAUAGACCGUUUACGAGCGACACAUUCGACUUGAAGUCUCCCGAGGCUUUGCAACAGACGGACAGGACUUCUUUUACAUCACCUCAACAAAACUCACAGACUUUAGACAACAUGCUCCGGCCCGUUGCACCCAAACUUGGCGCCAUACCAGGAACUCAGCAACCCAGCUGGCCCAAUGGUAUGGACAUACAGCGUCCUCUACCAGAUGAACCAGCAACAGGAUUCCGAGAUGGCGCACAAGAUCUAAGCAAUUCAGCACAAGCGUUUAGAAACAUUUCAGCAUAUGGUCUCGACGAUGUUAUCAACGACGCCAUGGCAGGUACACUGCUGGAUUUCCCGAGUUACGUUCAAGGUACGGUAUCUACGUCUGGAGCUGCGCAUCCGAAUCUCUCGCAAACUUCUCAGUCCUUAUCGGCUGCUGAAGCUUUUGCUACAAACAACGCGCCAACCGCGGCGAAUGGAUAUCGUACUUUUGGUGACGGGAUGCUCCCAAACACGACCAUGGGCUUCGAUAUGAAUAGUAAUGGAGGUCGAGGCAUGACAAGUAUACGUGGAGCUACGAACGGGCAAGAGAUGAACGAAAAUGACAUCAUGGACAAUGGUGACGUGGACUGGCCGCUUUGGGACGACAUGGUGAAUCAACUUGAGGCGGAUAACCACAUAGCUAAUGCUUCCACUAGAACUGGACCGGGAACACUUGGUAUGGUGCCAUGGUUUUGA